UGCAGAAGUGUUGAUAUUAGGGGAAUUGGCAAAACUCACAACGAUUACCUCGCUGUAAUCUUAUGCAAGCAAAUUUACACUAACUAUGCUUCCACCGGCGAUCUUCGUCUUCUCCUGCUUACUCCUAUCGCCGGCGAUCUCGGCCACGGAGCCACCUAAGUUCACCGUUGAUGGGACGGUAUUGGAGCUGGAUGAAUCUAACUUCGACGCCGCCAUAUCGACGUUUGAUUAUAUCUUCGUUGAUUUCUACGCCCCCUGGUGUGGCCACUGCAAGCGUCUCGCUCCCGAGCUGGACAAAGCUGCUGCCAUCCUGGCUGAAAUGAAGCAGCCUAUAGUGAUUGCAAAAGUUAAUGCUGACAAACACAGACGUCUCGGUUCUAAAUAUGACAUCGAUGGAUAUCCCACAUUGAAGAUGUUUGUGCAUGGAGUUCCUACAGAUUUUAAUGGACCACGAAAAUCAGAUUUGCUUGUUAAAUUUUUGAAGAAAUAUGCUGCACCUGAUGUGACUGUUCUUGACUCUGACUCCGCCGUUGGUGACUUCAUUGAAAAGGCUGGCACUUUUUUCCCUAUAUUCAUAGGCUUUGGCUUGAACCAAUCUGUCAUAUCAGAUUUAGCUAUCCAAUAUAAGAAAAAGGCAUGGUUUUCUGUGGCAAAAGAUUUCUCAGAUGAAACCAUGUCUUUAUAUGAUUUUGAUAAGGUUCCUGCUUUGCUAGCCCUUCAACCGAACUUCAAUGAACAGAGCAUUUUCUAUGGCCCCUUUGAAGAGAAAUUCCUUGAGGAUUACAUAAAACAGAGUUUGUUGCCUCUGGUUUUGCCAAUAAAUCAUGAUACAUUAAGGUUGUUGAAGGAUGAUAAGAGAAAAAUUGUCCUCACGAUCAUGGAGGAUGAAACAGAUGAGAAGUCUAAGGGAUUAAUUAAAAACUUGAAGGCUGCUGCAUCUGCAAACCAUGAUUUGGUAUUUGCUUUUGUUGGAUUCAAGCAAUGGGAAGAAUUUGCUGAGUCAUUUGAUGUUAAUAAGAAAACUCCACUGCCAAAAAUGAUUGUCUGGGAUGGAGAUGAGGAAUACUUUACUGUCAUUGGCUCAGAGACCAUUGGCGAAGAUGAUCAGCGUUCCCAUAUCACACAAUUUGUUGGAGGGUAUAGGGAAGGAAGUGUAAUACAGAAACAAAUUAAAGGGCCUUCAUUUAUGGGAUUUAUACACUCGAUGAUUGGGGUUGGAUCGGUUACCAUUAUUGUGUUUGUGGUUGGUGUGGUGAUGAUCAUUCAAUCUCUAAAGGAGGAACCCUUGAGGGUUGGCACAAGAGACCAGACAGAUAGUGCAAGCUACUCCGCCUCGGAGCCAGAAGCUAGAGAAACACAGCGCGCGGGAGAGAAGGAAGACUAAGGUUUGCUUUCCGUAACACUGAUUCAGGUCUGGAUUGAAGAUCUUCUUAUGACUGGCGAGGCUGUCCACUUUUGCUUCGCUAUUCCCUACUACCAUUCUUGUGUAUUUGAAUGGCCGAGUUUUAUUGGGACGGUAUCAGCAAGUGCAGAAUGAAGGUUUAGUCUAAUUAUACCCGAAUUGCUUACAGUUGCAUUUCUCUCUAGUUUCAGGAGUCUUCUGCAGUGUACAUGAAUUUAUAACUUAUCUUCUUUGUACUAAAACAUAAGAUGAUUUACGAUGUUUUCGGUCAAGUUUUGCAAGUUCAUUGAAUAUGUAAUGUCCUGUGAUUUUCGAA